GUUGCUUGGUUGGAACCGGUUUUCCCUUCUGCCAGCAAAGCUAGGCUUUCUUCCCAACCUCCGCACGCUGGUGUUGGAUCACAACCGAAUCGGCAACACACUUCCCGAGCGACUCUCCUCCCUCUCCAACCUGCAAACACUGGUGUUGGACAACAAUCCCAUCGGAGGAUCCCUCCCUGCUGGGUUCUCAGCUCUCACCAACCUUGUUACCAUCUCUAUGUCGCGAUGCCAGUUGGGGAACGCCCUUUUCAACACGUCCCUCCUCAUCAACCUCCAAAAGAUACCAAUCCCGUCCUUGCUUCCUCCACCCCUGGCCGGCAGUGA